GGGGGGCGGCGGCCGCCUCGGUCAGCGCCAUGGGGAGCCCCCGGGCCGCGCGGCUCCAGCUGCUCCUGCGCCCGGUGAGGCUGCUGCGGAGGCGCUUCCGGCUGCUGCUGGCGCUCGCCGCGGUGUCCGUGGGGCUCUGGACUCUGUAUCUGGAGCUGGUGGCGUCGGCCCAGGGCGGCGGGAACCCCUUGAACCGGAGAUACGGCAGCUGGAGAGAACUGGCCAAGGCUCUGGCCAGCAGGAACAUUCCAGCUGUGGAUCCGCACCUCCAGUUCUACCAUCCCCAGAGGCUGAACCUCGAGGACCAUGAAAUGGACCAAGGUGGGAGCAGUAACAGCAGCUACUUGAAGUGGAACAAGCCUGUCCCCUGGCUCUCGGAGUUCCGGGGCCGUGCCAACCUGCACGUGUUUGAGGACUGGUGUGGCAGCUCUAUCCAGCAGCUCAGGAGGAACCUGCAUUUCCCGCUGUACCCCCACAUUCGCACAACCCUGAGGAAGCUGGCCGUGUCCCCCAGAUGGACCAACUAUGGCCUCCGCAUCUUUGGCUACCUGCACCCUUUCACUGACGGGAAAAUCCAGUUUGCCAUUGCUGCAGAUGACAACGCGGAGUUCUGGCUGAGCCUCGAUGACCAGGUCUCAGGCCUCCAGCUGCUGGCCAGUGUGGGCAAGACUGGGAAGGAAUGGACGGCCCCUGGAGAGUUUGGGAAAUUUCGGAGCCAGAUUUCCAAGCCGGUGAGCCUGUCAGCCUCCCACAGGUACUACUUCGAGGUGCUGCACAAGCAGAAUGAGGAGGGCACCGACCACGUGGAAGUUGCGUGGCGACGGAAUGACCCUGGAGCCAAGUUCACCAUCAUUGACUCCCUCUCGCUGUCCCUCUUCACAAAUGAGACGUUCCUACAGAUGGAUGAGGUGGGCCACAUCCCACAGACAGCAGCCAGCCACGUGGGCUCCUCCAAUGCUCUUCCCAGGGAUGAGCAGCCGCCCGCGGACAUGCUUCGGCCUGACCCCCGGGACACCCUCUACCGAGUGCCUCUGAUCCCCAAGUUGCGUCUCCGCCACGUCCUGCCUGACUGUCCCUACAAACCCAGCUACCUGGUGGAUGGGCUCCCUCUGCAGCGCUACCAGGGACUCCGGUUUGUUCAUCUGUCUUUUGUUUACCCCAAUGACUAUACCCGCCUGAGCCACAUGGAGACCCACAAUAGAUGCUUCUACCAGGAAAACGCCUACUACCAAGACAGGUUCGGCUUUCAGGAGUACAUCAAGAUUGACCAGCCUGAGAAGCAGGGACCGGAGCAGCCAGCAGGUCUUGAGGAAAGCCUAGAAGAGGCCCAGUAUGGAGAAGUGGCUGAGGAGACCCCUGCCUCCCACGACCAGAAUGCCGGGAUGCUCGAGGGAAGACGGACGCCUGCCUCCACCCUGGAGCAAGAUGUCACCGACUACCACCUCCGAAGCCUGCGGAAACUCCUGGCUCAGCCUCGGGACGGCCUGCCGGCCCCCCUCUCCAAACGGAACUCCACGGCGUCCUUCCCGGGGAGGACCAGCGACAUUCCAGCGCGGCAGCCGGAGAAGAGGAAGCAGAAACCCAGCCCUGAGCCCAGCCGAGCUUCGCCUCAUUCUGACACGUGGCCUCCUGGGCACCCUGCGAAGAACCCGCCUCCGAUUCGGGGGCCCCGGCCCAAGCCCGCUGGUGACGGCCCCAGGAAGACUCUGGAGCAGUCUCAGUGGCUGAACCAGGUGGAGUCUUACAUCGCGGAGCAGAGAUGGGGUGACAGGAUGCAGCCUCCGGCCCCCGGGAGGGGCUGGCACGGGGAGGAGGAAGUGGUGGCAGCCACAGGCCCGGAAGGACAAGUAGAGGGAGAGGAAGAGGGGGAAGAAGAGGAAGAGGAAGAGGAUAUGAGUGAGGUGUUCGAGUACGUACCUGUGUUUGACCCGGUAGUAAACUGGGACCAGACCUUCAGUGCCCGGAAUCUUGACUUCCAAGCCCUGAGGACUGACUGGAUCGAUCUGAACUGUAACACAUCUGGCAACCUGCUGCUUCCGGAGCAGGAAGCUCUUGAGGUCACGCGGGUCUUCUUGAAGAAGCUCAACCAGAGGAGCCGGGGGAGGUACCAGCUACAGCGUAUUGUGAACGUGGAGAAGCGUCAGGACCAGCUACGUGGCGGCCGCUACCUCUUGGAGCUUGAACUGUUGGAACAAGGCCAGCGCGUGGUGCGGAUCUCGGAGUAUGUGUCUGCGCGAGGCUGGCAGGGCAUCAGCCCAGCUGGUGGGGAGGAGGCCGAGGCCCGGAACCUGCAAGGCCUGGUCUGGGACCCACACAGCCGUCGGAGACAGGUCCUGAAUACCCGGGCCCAAGAACCCAAGCUGUGCUGGCCCCAGGGUUUCUCCUGGAAUCACCGAGCCGUCGUCCACUUCGUUGUGCCUGUGAAGAACCAGGCACGCUGGGUACAGCAAUUCAUCACAGACAUGGAAAACCUGUUCCAGGUCACCGGCGACCCACACUUCAACGUCAUCGUCACUGACUAUAGCAGUGAGGACAUGGAUGUUGAGACGGCACUGAAGAGGUCCAAGCUGCGGAGCUACCAGUACGUGAAGCUGAGUGGAAACUUUGAACGCUCAGCUGGACUUCAGGCUGGCAUAGACCUCGUGAAGGACCCGCACAGCAUCAUCUUCCUCUGUGACCUCCACAUCCACUUCCCAGCUGGAGUCAUCGAUGCCAUUCGGAAGCACUGCGUGGAGGGAAAGAUGGCCUUUGCCCCCAUGGUGAUGAGGCUGCAUUGUGGGGCCACCCCCCAGUGGCCUGAGGGCUACUGGGAGGUGAAUGGAUUCGGGCUGCUUGGCAUCUACAAGUCUGACCUGGACAGGAUUGGGGGCAUGAACACCAAGGAGUUCCGAGACCGCUGGGGCGGGGAAGACUGGGAGCUGCUGGACAGGAUCCUCCAAGCGGGCCUGGAAGUGGAGCGUCUCUCCCUCAGGAAUUUCUUCCAUCACUUCCAUUCCAAGCGAGGCAUGUGGAGCCGCCGCCAGAUGAAGAUGCUGUAGCCGGAGGGUGUCUGCUGGGCCCAGCACUCCCUGCUCCUGGAUGGGCAGCGGCUCCCCAGGGCCCUGCUGCUGUUCGGGGAUAGGGAGUGGGGCGACGGCUGGUCCCCAAGAGGCCUCGAAGCUGACAGCCCACUCCACCUGGAGCUGUCCCCUCACAGAGGCAGGUUCCAGGGCUCCUGUCUCUGCUUCCCGGGCCUUCAGGAGGGAGGAAUUUGAGAGAGAGGCCAGGAGGGGCCACCUGCUCAGUUGAGCAUGAGGACAGCUGAGAAGGACCGGUCAGGAAGGAGAGAUCUGGCUGAGCGACACCAUCCUUACCCAUGAAGGUGCACGCCCGUAUCCACCAAGCGCUCCUCACGCCAAGCGCUGACCACCAGACACUCUUCUAGUGGACGUAUUUUAUUGGGGGGCGGGGAUUUUUAAAACAGAAAACCAAAACUGCUGUCCAGAGCGGGGGUGAGGCUGCCACUGAGGGACUGUCCCCACAUGCAGACCUCCCACCCACUCCUGUGUCCCUUGGGCAUUGUCCCUGGCUGUGGGGCUGGUCCCACGUGGGGCAGUUCUCCGCUCCACCCUGGGCUCGUGCCUUCCAGCGACGCACAUCUCCCGGUAGCCACCAAACAGCCGGCCACUGAUUAGGGCAUUAACCUUCUCCGGAUGGCUCACUUCAGACCAGAAGCACAGAACGGGCUGUUUCUGGCGCUUGGGCAUUGGGAGGUGGGGAGCUGGUGGGCCAUGGGCUUGCGAUUCCCUGGCACUGGACAUUCAGGCCUGCAGAACAGGCAGGGUGACGAAGGCAGGGGAGAGAUGCCCUUUCCCCUCCCGGCGUGCCUGUGGGUGAGGCCUCCAGAGAGGACAUGGAGAAGAGGUAAAGAGGAUGGGGACAUAAUCUGUCAAUUUCCUUAGCCCAGAAGCGGGUGGGGGCUGGACAGAAAGGGAUGAAAAGGGAAGGGGAAGCCAUGAGCCUCCCAGUCCAGCUCCGCUGCAGACCUGCCCUUCUGCAGGGAGAGCCCUGCCCCGCCGGCCUUGCGUGGAAGAAGAGGAAAGGGUGUAUGGGGGUGAAACCCUGGAGCAGGGACCAGGGCACAGGAUGAGAAGGGCUCAGGAUAAGAAGGGUGCAGGAUGAGAGGUUUGGGGAGGUGAGGACACUGCCCUGAGAGAUCCCCUGGAAGCAGGGAGAGGAGUGGGGGCAGGAGGAACUGAAGGGUGGGGCGGUUUCAGGGAAAAUAGCCCUUGGCCUUUUUAGCCGAUGCCACCCUUUCUGUCACCUGGUGACCUUGUACUUCUCUUGCACUAAUAACCCCCGGUGCUUUUGUGGCUGGGGGUUUUCCUGUUGCUGCUGCUGCCUCCGCCACUGCUGUGAAUUUGUCCAUGGUGCAUCGGACGCUGGAUCUUGAACUCCAGAGUCUGUUUAGAGAGGUGAGCACAGGGCUUGGGGAGGGGUGGCGGGGCCCAGACCACCAGGCCACGGAGCCCCCGCUCCAGGCUGUGGCAGUUCAAACCACAGCACUGGAGCUGCAGGGUCUGCCCAGCGGGCUCUGCAUUCCCCGAGAGCUCGAGUCUGGCAAUGGGAGAAUGGAGCCCGUGGAGAACCCUUUGGGGAUCGAGGAGAAUCCCUGCCUCCCUUUAAGGAAUCAUGAAGGACAAAGACUUUUGAGUUACAGGUUGUGGCUUAGGAAGGCCAUACCUGCUCCCUGGGCUGUGGCGUUUUCUGUGCCCUGCUGAGGCCGACUGGCCGCUGGAGAAGGAUCACGGGGCAUAGGCUAGGGCUGCAGUUGGCCAGUGGGGCUGCCAGUUUCUUUCUGGGACCACUCUUGUCCUCGGGCAUUGCACUGGAAGGCUGGAACCAGCCCACACUGCCCGCCUGCUUCACUUCCAACGGCCAGGAGCCAGCCCAGCCUACUACCCUGCCCUCCACCCCUGCACCCUGGGCCAGUGCCUUGCAUUUGAUGUUUGUUACCUCCACACCAUCUGCCUUAAGAGGAAGGGCCGGGCAAGGCCCCUACUUCCUAGAGAAAUGUCUUGGGUAGGGGAGGGUAUGGGAUGGUGGGAGGGGAAGCAUUAAAUACAGCAACUUCUUAGAA